AUGGUCCAGACGAACCUGACGUAUCUGCAGGCGUCAGACGCUUCCAGUCCCUAUGAAGAAGAGCAAUCUUUCGGGGAUGAUAGCCUUGACCCUCUUCGGAGAGCUGCCAAACUCAUCAAGUCGGGCAAGGGCAAGCCAUUUUCAUCCUCAAUUACUGGGACGGCAUCGCUGACCUGUCAAACCAGCCAAGAACGCUUGUACCACAAUCUCCAAGCUCUCAACUUGCCUUUCCCCGAAGCUGUCUUUGAGCUAGGUUUCUUUCAGAAGAGGCCGGAGCCGUUUUGGGCGUUGGCGAAGGAAAUCUAUCCUGGAAAGCAUUUUCCUACUCCAACGCACUACCUCUUCGAGCUCUUCCGCAAACACAACGUCCUCAAACGCGUCUUCACCCAAAACAUCGACACUCUCGAAUCCAUCGCCGGCCUCCCUUCCGACAUGAUUGUCGAAGCCCACGGAUCAUUCGCUACCGCCCAUUGUCUUAAAUGUAGACGGGAAGUGGACCGGGAAGAGGUUUUGAGGGCGGGUGUGAGGAGGGGAGAGGUUGUGAAGUGUGAUGCUACGCUUAAGGAUGCGGGUGGGAAGGGGAAAGGGAAAGGGAAGGGGAAGAGUCAGACGUGCGGUGGGCUAGUGAAGCCUGAUAUCGUCUUCUUUGGAGAAGGUCUGCCUGACAGAUUCUUUGAGCUCAUACCAGAACUACGAAAGUGCGAUCUCCUGGUCGUCAUCGGUACUUCCCUCCAAGUCCAACCCUUCGCCUCCCUCGUCAACUACGUCCCCCCCACCUGUCCUCGACUCCUCAUCAACCGCGAACCCGUGGGCCCAUUCACGUCCUACAAGAGCACAUCCCCAUCUUCCAGAGAUCUGUUUUAUGAGGGGAAUGCAGAUGAUGGGGCUCGGCGGUUGGCGGAGCAGCUGGGGUGGGGGGAGGAAUUGGAAGAGCUGGUGAGGGAUGGGAGAAGGGUGUUGGAGAGGAAGUGGAAGAAGGAAGAAGGGGGUGAAGUGGCGGGGCAGGGUACGAAGGAGGCUGAGAAGAAGUCGAAGAAGGCUGCCAAAGCUGUUGAGGACGAAGGGACGGAAGACUUGGAAAGGGCUAUCAAGACCCAGCUGAAGCUGUAG